GGUAGCCUGGCGCGCGGUGUCCGCAGUCCGAGGUCGGCCGCCCGCGGCAGCGCAGGGCAGCGGGGCAGAGCGCGGCUCCCGCCCGCCCGCCCGGUGCGCCGGAGCCGGGACCAGCGACUGGACGCGACGGGCCGCCAGGCCCGCACCGCCUGGCCGCCGCGAUGUGCGACUGCUUCCACAUGGUGCUGCCCACCUGGCCCGGAACCCCCGGCAGCGUGUCCGGCCGACAGCUGCAGCCCGGGGAGCCAGAUGCGGAAACUGAAGAUGACCACUCUGUAAGUGAGAGCAGGAGGAAGUGUGUCCUCCUCAUAUCCUGCCCCAAUUCUUCCUGGGCCCUGGGAGAACCGAGUGGCAAAAGUAACUGGAUUCUCUCCCGUCAGGUGACUGAAGGGCCUGCGGAUGAGGUCAUUCGACCACGGCCACAGGGGUCUUCACCUGUCUACGAAUACACGACUGAGGCUGCUGACUUUGGACUCCAGGAAGACGCCCCCGGCAGGCAAGGUUCUGCUGGGAGACGGAGAUCCUGGUGGAAGCGAGAUUCAGGGGACUCACGGACAUUUUUCAAGAUGAGUCGUCCAGAGGCCGUCCAGGAGGCAACAGAGGUGACGCUGAAGACAGAGGUGGAGGCAGGAGCCAGUGGCUACAGUGUCACAGGUGGUGGGGACCAGGGGAUCUUCGUCAAGCAAGUGCUGAAGGACUCCUCAGCCGCCAGGCUUUUCAACUUGAGAGAAGGCGAUCAGCUGCUCAGUGCAACCGUGUUCUUUGACAACAUACAAUACGAAGAUGCUCUCAAAAUCCUUCAAUACUCAGAGCCAUACAAGGUUCAGUUCAAAAUCAGACGGCAGCUCCCUGCCCCACAGGAUGAAGAGUGGGCUUCCAGCGAUGCCCAGCGUGGCCCACAGGGCAAGGAGAAGGAGGACACGGAUGUUGCUGAUGGGUGCAGAGAGACCCCCACGAAAACUCUGGAAGGAGAUGGGGACCAAGAGAGACUCAUCUCCAAACCCAGGGUGGGGAGAGGCAGGCAGACCCAGAGGGAGAGGCUCUCUUGGCCAAAAUUUCAAUCCAUAAAGAGCAAGCGGGGGCCGGGACCCCAGAGGUCACACAGCUUGUCAGAGGCCUACGAGCCCAGGGACGCACAUGACGUGUCCCCUACAAGCACAGACACAGAGGCCCAGCUCGCGGUGGAGCGCCAAGAGCAGAAGGCAGGGCCGGGCAGCCAGAGGAGGCGGAAGUUCCUCAACCUGAGAUUCAGGACAGGCUCGGGACAGGGCCCUUCAUCGACAGGACAGCCAGGCAGGGGGUCCCAGAGUGGGGUGGGCCGUGCUGGGGUUCUGGAAGAGUUGGGGCCCUGGGGUGAUAGCCUCAAGGACACUGGGGCUGCCACAGGCAGCAGGAGAGAGGAGAGGGCAGAACAGGAUCGAGAAGUGAUGCCUGCUCAGAGCAUGCAGUUGCCCACAGAGCUCGGUGACCCUAGAUUUUGCGAGGGAACCCCUCAGGAAGGGGGACUCAGGGCAGCCGGGCUCCAUGGAAAGACCCUGGAGGGGCAGGCACAGGAGACAGCAGUGGCCCAGAGGAAGCCCAGGGCCCAGCCAACUCCUGGAAUGAGCCGGGAGGGUGAAGGCGAGGGACUGCAGAGCCUGGAAAUCGGGAUCGCCAGGCUGUCCUUGAGAGACACAACCGAAGGAGGCACACAGAUCGGCCCACCAGAAAUUAGGGUGCGAAUACACGAUUUAAAGACACCAAAAUUUGCAUUUUCCACAGAAAAAGAGCCAGAAAGAGAAAGGCGCCUUAGUACCCCACAGCGAGGGAAGAGACAGGAUGCGUCCUCAAAAGUGGGUACUGGCCUGAAGGGUGAGGAGGUGGAAGGAGCAGGGUGGGUGCCAGGCAGGGAACCAACCACACAUGCAGAGGCACAGGAGGGUGAAGGAGAUGGAGAGGAAGGACUACAGAGGACAAGGAUCACUGAGGAACAGGACAAGGACGGGGAAGACACAGAAGGACAGAUGAGAAUACCCAAGUUCAAGAUACCCUCCUUAGGAUGGUCACCAAGCAAGCACACAAAGACAGGGAGAGAAAAAGCCACACCAGCCACAGAGCAGGGAAGGGAAGGAGAGGCCAUAGCAACAGCCGAUAGAAGAGAACAGAGAGGCACAGAGGAAGGAUUAAAAGACAAAGAAGACAGUGAUUCAAUGACAAACACAACAAAAAUACAACUAACACACGACGAAAAACGCUUAAAAAAGGAAGAAAUUCUGAAAGAAAAGGACAUGGCUGCCAAAGACAGCAAGUUCAAAAUGCCCAAGUUCAAGAUGCCGUCAUUCGGGGUGUCGGCCCCAGGCAAGUCCAUCGAGGCCUCAGUGGAUGUGUCUGAGCCGAAGGUGGAGGCCGACGUGAGCCUCCCCUCCAUGCAGGGGGACCUGAAGACCACUGACCUCAGCAUUCAGCCCCCUUCCGCUGACCUGGAGGUCCAGGCUGCCCAGGUGGAUGUGAAACUCCCAGAGGCCCAUGUUCUGGAGGGAGCUGGCCACAAAGGGCACCUGCCCAAAGUGCAGAUGGACAGUUUCAAGAAGCCCAAAGUGGACCUCAAGGGCCCCCAGGUGGACAUCAAGGGCCCCAAGCAGGACCUGAAAGGCCCCAAGGCGGAAGUGACGGCCCCCGACAUGGAGGUGUCUCUGCGCAGCGUGGAGGUGGACGUCCAGGCCCCAAGAGCAAAGCUGGAUGGUGCGCGGCUGGAGGGAGACAUGUCCCUGGCCGACAGGGGCGUGACAUCCAAAGACAGCAAGUUCAAAAUGCCCAAGUUCAAGAUGCCGUCAUUCGGGGUGUCGGCCCCAACCAAGUCCAUCGAGGCCUCAGUGGACGUGUCUGCACCCAAGGUGGAGGCCGACGUGAGCCUCCCCUCCAUGCAGGGCGACCUGAAGACCACUGACCUCAGCAUUCAGCCCCCUUCCACCGACCUGGAGGUCCAGGCUGGCCAAGUGGACGUAAAACUCCCGGAGGGCCCCCUACCCGAGGGAGCCGGCCUCAAAGGGCACCUGCCCAAGGUGCAGAUGCCCAGUUUCAAGAUGCCCAAAGUGGACCUCAAGGGCGCCCAGGUGGACAUCAAGGGCCCCAAGCUGGACGUGAAAGGCCCCAAGGCAGAGGUGAUGGCACCCCACGUGGAAGUGUCUCUGCCCAGCGUGGAGAUGGAUGUCCAGGCCCCAGGAGCCAAGCUGGACGGUGCGCGGCUGGAGGGGGAGCUGUCCUUGGCCGACAAGGAUGUGGCCGCCAAAGACAGCAAGUUCAAAAUGCCCAAGUUCAAGAUGCCAUCGUUGGGGGUGUCGGUCCCAGGCAAGUCCAUCGAGGCCUCGGUGGAUGUGUCUGCACCCAAGGUGGAGGCCGACGUGAGCCUCCCCUCCAUGCAGGGGGACCUGAAGACCACUGACCUCAGCAUUCAGCCCCCUUCCGCUGACCUGGAGGUCCAGUCUGGCCAAGUGGACGUGAAACUCCCAGAGGGCCCCGAGCCCGAGGGAGCCAGCCUCAAAGGGUACCUGCCCAAGGUGCACAUGCCCAGUUUCAAGAUGCCCAAAGUGGACCUCAAGGGCCCCCAGGGGGACAUCAAGGGCCCUAAGCUGGACCUGAAAGGCCCCAAGGCGGACAUGACGGCCCCCCACGUGGAAGUGUCUCUGCCUAGCGUGGAGGUGGAAGUCCAGGCCCCGGGAGCCAAGCUGGACGGUGCGCGGCUGGAGGGGGACAUGUCCCUGGCCGAGAAGGACGUAACUGCCAAAGACAGCAAGUUCAAAAUGCCCAAGUUCAAGAUGCCGUCGUUCGGGGUGUCUGUCCCAGGCAAGUCCAUCGAGGCCUCGGUGGACGUGUCUGCACCCAAGGUGGAGGCCGACGUGAGCCUCCCCUCCAUGCAGGGGGACUUGAAGAACACUGACCUCAGCAUUCAUCCCCCUUCCGCCGACCUGGAGGUCCAGUCUGGCCAAGUGGACGUGAAACUCCUAGAGGGCCCCGUGCCCAAGGGAGCCGGCCUCAAAGGGCACCUGCCCAAGGUGCAGAUGCCAAGUUUGAAGAUGCCCAAAGUAGACCUCAAGGGCCCCCAGGUGGACAUCAAGGGCCCCAAGCUGGACCUGAAAGGCCCUAAGGUGGAAAUGACAGCCCCCGAUGUCGACGUGUCUCUGCCCAGCGUGGAGGUGGAUGUCCAGGCCCCAAAGGCCAAGCUGGAUGGUGUGCAGCUGGAGGGAGACCUGUCCCUGGCCGACAAGGACGUGACUGCCAAAGACAGCAAGUUCAAAAUGCCCAAGUUCAAGAUGCCAUCCUUCGGCGUGACCGCCCCAGGCAAGUCCAUCGAGGCCUCGGGGGACGUGUCUGCGCUGAAGUUGGAGGCCGACGUGAGCCUCCCCUCCAUACAGGAGGACCUCAAGACCACUGACCUCAGCAUUCAGCCCCCUUCCGCCGACCUGGAGGUUCAGGCUGGCCAGGUGGACAUGAAGCUCCCAGAGGGCCACGUGCCCAAGGGAGCCGGCCUCAAAGGGCACCUGCCCAAGGUGCAGAUGCCCAGUUUCAAGAUGCCCAAAGUGGACCUCAAGGGCCCCCAGGUGGACAUCAAGGGCCCCAAGCUGGACCUGAAAGGCCCCAAGGCAGAGGUCAUGGACCGCGACGUGGACGUGUCUCUGCCCAGCGUGGAGGUAGACAUCCGCCCGGGAGCCAAGCUGGACGGUGCGCGGCUGGAGGGGGAGCUAUCCUUGGCCGACAAGGAUGUGGCCACCAAAGACAGCAAGUUCAAAAUGCCCAAGUUCAAGAUGCCGUCGUUGGGCGUGUCGGUCCCAGGCAAGUCCAUCGAGGCCUCGGUGGAUGUGUCUGCACCCAAGGUGGAGGCCGACAUGAGCCUCCCCUCCAUGCAGGUGGACCUGAAGACCACUGACCUCAGCAUUCAGCCUUCCGCCGACCUGGAGGUCCAGUCUGGCCAAGUGGACGUGAAACUCCCGGAGGGCCCCGAGCCCGAGGGAGCCAGCCUCAAAGGGUACCUGCCCAAGGUGCAGAUGCCCAGUUUCAAGAUGCCCAAAGUGGACCUCGAGGGCCCCCAGGGGGACAUCAAGGGCCCUAAGCUGGACCUGAAAGGCCCCAAGGCAGACAUGACGGCCCCCCACGUGGAAGUGUCUCUGCCCAGCGUGGAGGUGGAUGUCCAGGCCCCAGGAGCCAAGCUGGACGGUGCACGGCUGGAGGGGGACAUGUCCCUGGCUGAGAAGGACGUGACUGCCAAAGACAGCAAGUUCAAAAUGCCCAAGUUCAAGAUGCCGUCGUUCGGGGUGUCGGUCCCAGGCAAGUCCAUCGAGGCCUCGGUGGACGUGUCUGCACCCAAGGUGGAGGCAGACGUGAGCCUCCCCUCCAUGCAGGGGGACCUCAAGACCACUGACCUCAGCAUUCAGCCCCCUUCCGCUGACCUGGAGGUCCAGGCUGGCCAAGUGGACAUGAAGCUCCCGGAGGGCCCCCUGCCCGAGGGAGCCGGCGUCAAAGGGCACCUGCCCAAGGUGCACAUGCCCAGUUUCAAGAUGCCCAAAGUGGACCUCGAGGGCCCCCAGGGGGACAUCAAGGGCCCUAAGCUGGACCUGAAAGGCCCCAAGGCAGACAUGACGGCCCCCCACGUGGAAGUGUCUCUGCCCAGCGUGGAGGUGGAUGUCCAGGCCCCAGGAGCCAAGCUGGACGGAGCACGGCUGGAGGGGGACAUGUCCCUGGCUGAGAAGGACGUGACUGCCAAAGACAGCAAGUUCAAAAUGCCCAAGUUCAAGAUGCCAUCGUUCGGGGUGUCUGUCCCAGGCAAGUCCAUCGAGGCCUCGGUGGACGUGUCUGCACCCAAGGUGGAGGCAGAAGUGAGCCUCCCCUCCAUGCAGGGGGACCUCAAGACCACUGACCUCAGCAUUCAGCCCCCUUCCGCUGACCUGGAGGUCCAGGCUGGCCAAGUGGACAUGAAGCUCCCGGAGGGCCCCCUGCCCGAGGGAGCCGGUCAAGGGCACCUGCCCAAGGUGCAGAUGCCAAGUUUGAAGAUGCCCAAAGUAGACCUCAAGGGCCCCCAGGUGGACAUCAAGGGCCCCAAGCUGGACCUGAAAGGCCCCAAGGCAGAGGUGAUGGCCCCCCACCUGGAAGUGUCUCUGCCUAGCGUGGAGGUGGAAGUCCAGGCCCCGGGAGCCAAGCUGGACGACGCGCGGCUGGAGGGCGACCUGUCCCUGGCUGACAAGGAUGUGGCUGCCAAAGACAGCAAGUUCAAAAUGCCCAAGUUCAAGAUGCCGUCGUUCGGGGUGUCGGCCCCAGGCAAGUCCAUCGAGGCCUCGGUGGAUGUGUCUGCACCCAAGGUGGAGGCUGAUGUGAGCCUCCCCUCCAUGCAGGGGGAUCUGAAGACCACUGACCUCAGCAUUCAGCCCCCUUCCGCUGACCUGAAGGUCCAGUCUGGCCAGGUGGAUGUGAAGCUCCCAGAGGGCCACGUGCCCGAGGGGGCCGGCCUCAAAGGGCACCUGCCCAAGGUGGAGGCGCCCAGUUUAAAGAUGCUCAAAGUGGACCUCAAGGGCCCCCAGGUGGACAUCAAGGGCCCCAAGCUGGACCUGAAAGGCCCCAAGGUGGAAAUGACAGCCCCCGAUGUCGACGUGUCUCUGCCCAGCGUGGAGGUGGAUGUCCAGGCCCCAAAGGCCAAGCUGGAUGGUGUGCAGCUGGAGGGAGACCUGUCCCUGGCCGACAAGGACGUGACUGCCAAAGACAGCAAGUUCAAAAUGCCCAAGUUCAAGAUGCCAUCCUUCGGCGUGACCGCCCGAGGCAAGUCCAUCGAGGCCUCGGGGGACGUGUCUGCGCUGAAGUUGGAGGCCGACGUGAGCCUCUCCUCCAUACAGGAGGACCUCAAGACCACUGACCUCAGCAUUCAGCCGCCUUCCGCUGACCUGGAGGUUCAGGCUGGCCAGGUGGACAUGAAGCUCCCAGAGGGCCACGUGCCCAAGGGAGCUGGCCUCAAAGGGCACUUGCCCAAGGUGCAGAUGCCCAGUUUCAAGAUGCCCAAAGUGGACCUCAAGGGCCCCCAGGUGGACAUCAAGGGCCCCAAGCUGGACGUGAAAGGCCCCGAGGCGAACAUGACGGCCCCCCACGUGGAAGUGUCUCUGCCCAGCGUGCAGAGGGACGUCCAGGCCCCGGGAGCCAAGCUGGACGGUGCGCAGCUGGAGGGGGAGCUAUCCUUGGCCGACAAGGAUGUGGCCACCAAAGACAGCAAGUUCAAAAUGCCCAAGUUCAAGAUGCCGUCGUUGGGGGUGUCGGUCCCAGGCAAGUCCAUCGAGGCCUCGGUGGAUGUGUCUGCACCCAAGGUGGAGGCCGACGUGAGCCUCCCCACCAUGCAGGGCCACCUGAAGACCACUGACCUCAGCAUUCAGCCCCCUUCCGCCGACCUGGAGGUCCAGUCUGGCCAAGUGGACGUGAAACUCCCGGAGGGCCCCAAGCCCGAGGGAGCCGGCCUCAAAGGGUACCUGCCCAAGGUGCAGAUGCCCAGUUUCAAGAUGCCCAAAGUGGACCUCGAGGGCCCCCAGGGGGACAUCAAGGGCCCUAAGCUGGACCUGAAAGACCCCAAGGCGGACAUGACGGCCCCCACGUGGAAGUGUCUCUGCCUAGUGUGGAGGUGGAUGUCCAGGCCCCAGGAGCCAAGCUGGACGGUGCACGGCUGGAGGGGGACAUGUCCCUGGCUGAGAAGGACGUGA